UAUUAUCUUAUAGGGCCAAAAAAAAGGACACGCGUUGUGACAAAACAUUUGCUGUAUAUAAUAGCUGUCAAACUUGGGCCUUCGUUCUUAGAUUUGGUAGUAUUGAUAGAUAAUAACAAUUCUCCCCACUGGCUAUAUGCAAUAGGGUGAAUCGAGGGCAGUAAGUGUGCAAAAUUUCUGGAUCUUAUCCUAAAUGGCUAAGCUUGUCGAUAGCUUUCGUGUUUCACCUCCUCCAGGCUCUGUUCCAACAAUCUCUGUGCCUCUCACUUAUUUUGACAUUCCUUGGUUACCUAAUCCACCUGUACAACGCCUUUUCUUCUAUGAAUUCCCUCACCCUACUUCCCACUUCAUUGAGACCGCUCUUCCUAUGCUAAAACGUUCUCUCCCCCCUAACUCUCCAACAUUUUUUCCCAUACGCAGCUAAUAUCAUGUGCCCUCAACCGCCCGGUAAGCCUUAUAUCCAUUACAUGGAGGGUGACUUUGUCGCCUUCACGGUUGCUGAAUCUGCUGCAGAUUUCAACCAUGUCAUAGCCAAUUAUCCGCGACCUGUUAACUUGUUACACCCCUUUGUACCUCAACUACCAUCGGAGCAUGUAACCGAAGACGGUAGUCGUGUGCUCCCCAUCUUAGCCUUUCAAGUCACCGUGUUUCCAAACUUUGGCAUCUGCAUCGGGUCAACUUAUUGCCAUGCUGUUGGUGAUGGCAAGUCGUUCAUGCAUUUGAUGAGGUCUUGGACGUCUGUUUAUAGGUCGGGUGGAGACUUGACUUGUCUCGAAAAUUCACUUCCUUUUAUUAAAAAGGACAUUAUCAAGGAUCCUGGUGGCAUAGAGUUGGUUCUAUUGAAGGAUUAUUGGGAUUGGAUAUCAACCAGCGGUGAGAAUUCAGCAUCGACCCAAGAUUUAGCAGCAGACAAGGUUCGCGCCACAUUUGUGUUAAGUCGAGCCCAUGCCGAAAAACUAAAGCAUUUGGUCACAGCACAGUGCAGGAGCAGCGUUGAUACAGAGCAAUAUCACAUCUCAACUUUCGUAGUGACAUGUGCCUACAUAUGGGUUUGUUUGAUUAAAUCAAAAGAGAGUGUUGCCAAUAGUUUAUCACAUGACAACGGUGACGAUGAGUUGUAUUACUUCUUAUGUCCGUAUGAUUGCCGGAACCGCCUGGAAUUCUGGGUACCAACAACAUACCUUGGGAAUUGUUUAAAACCAUGCGCUAUUGAGAUAAAGAAAAGAGAGGUAUUAGGAGAAAGUGGAAUUAUUUUGGCUGCCAAGGCUAUAGGAAAAGGAAUUAAAGAAAUGGAGAGAAGUGAUAAAAGGAUUGAAACUAUGACACGGAGUUUUACAGCAGUUGCAGGGUCGCCAAAAUUACAAGUGUAUGAAACGAACUUUGGGUGGGGAAGGCCUUGCAAGGUUGAGCUGACUCACAUUGAUUACGAUGGAGCAAUAUCUCUGGCGGACUGCAGAGAUGGAGAAAGCGCAGUAGAGGUGGGUGUAGCUUUAAACAAGAAUGAAAUGGAUGAAUUCCUUACUAAUUUUGAACAAACUCUGAAGCUCCUUUGAGUUUAGCAUUUGUAGGCACUUUUUCAUCCAAGUGUUGUAUUUCUUAUCCAGGGCAACCAUACAUCAUGUGUACUGGGAAGUGUGCCUUUGCCCUACAUAUUUCUCGUAACAGCCUUAGUAAAUCAAAUAAAUGAAUCUUUUCUUUUUUGACUUAAA